GGAAACUGCCCCUUUAUUUCAAAAACGUAGUGAUGUCAAACAACAGCGGCAUAGUUUUGACAAAGUCAGCUGUCUUUCAACACCAGUACGCCAGGUUUAAGGACAUCAUGCGAUCCACGGGACGUGUGCAUUAUUCAGCAGGUAGCGGAUACAACGUUUCAUUUUAAAUGAUCUGUACUAUGACGUCGUCCACAGCGUAUGGGCACCUAUGCGCUUACAACGAAAACCUCUACAGCUAUUCAAGCGGCGUUUGGAUACCCUGCGCGGACUGGAAACCUGUUCAAGAUUAUUUCUACGCGUGUCAGUCUUGCCCCCGGCUGGCGGACUGGUAUUUGUCAGUUAUCCAUUUUUGAUCAGCCGCAUGCCAGGCUCUGACCGAUUUGAUGUGCGAAUCACGAAACAUUUGCAUUUGACGUUUUACGUUUUUUGCCCCGUUCAAAUUGGGCGGGAAGUUUACAAAAAACUCACAACGGAGCUUUGCAAAUGCUUUGGAUGAAUUUUUCUAAUUCCCUCGCGGAAUAGCAGUCCACCCCGUGUAUUUUUCUCUUUCAGAGGUCGUUUGGAAAACGCGUUAGCGGCUUGACAUCUGCCAAUGCCUUGAACGGAUCGCAGUUCUCCAGCCCAUUGCACCUGCAUAUAGUUAAUAUCAAAGGACUCAUGAAAGGGCACAGAUGAGACGUCUCAGAUACGAGCAUUUCUUUUCAUGUAGUAGUCCCUCGAUCUACUGUUUUUUUGCUAUAGAUCUCUAAAGUGCUUGCAUGUGAGAUCAUUUGUACCAGGACUUUUCAUGUUGUUGUUGUUUACAUAUCUGCCGCCUGCAAACCAAAAACGACUGCGCGGACGCGUUUUCAUCUCUCCGCUUCAAUGGUUAGCAAUAGCAUCUUUAUAAUGAAUAAAACAACGUUAACCUGGGUUCAUUUCUAACCAAGCUGGCGUUCCUGUACGUCGUCUUCACGUUUAACAGACCCGUGUUAUCUGGAGAGCUUCAUGUCACACAGGGACUCGGGGAGGAACUUCUCAAAGAGAUCAUAUAAAAAGAGGAUGUGUCUUUAGGUUUUGAAUUUUCUUCUCUAUAACCGAUAAAUGUCUAAAUAUCUGAAAGCUAUGGCGUGACAUCCCUGUUUUCUGCAUGCGCUGGUUCCGAUGGUUUCAGUAGGACGAUAUUAACGAGGGCGGACCUUGGCUCAUCUCCAGCGGAUAUUUUUUGGGGGGCUGGAGGAUCGACUAUUUACUACGGCGUUGUACUACUUCUCGUCACCAUCACGAUUUUUCAUAUAAACCAACGGACAUCUUUUAAACCUGGAAACAGAGAUAUUCAACCUCUCAAGCACUUUGUCAGGGGAUAUAAUGGCCGAGGCCAUGGCUAUAGAUAAGUUGAGCACUGCCGCUGCAAGAGGAGAUCUGGAGAAAAUUGAAAGGGUAUUAUUGCAAAGCAACGUUAACGUUAAUGAAAGGAACAAGUACGGCAGGACACCAUUGCAGGUGGUGAAACUUGGCUGCCCGUCCACAGCUUUGGCGCUACUUCAAGCGGGCGCGGACGCAAACCUCCGCGACCCCAUCGGAGGAUUGACCGUCAGUCACGACGCCGCGAGAGAUGGAUAUCUGGACACUCUACAGGUGCUCGCGCAGAAUGGUGCUGAUGUCAAUCUCCUUGACAACGAUGGCAACCUGCCUCUGCAUCUGGCCGCGCGGGAGGGACACCUUGAUGUCGUGCAGUAUCUUGUAAAUCAUUGCAACACGCAGCCUUUUCAGCCUAACGCAAGAGGCUACACGCCUCGAGAUCUGGCGUCCAUGCACAAAAAACUAAAAACUGUGGAGUGGUUAGACAACAUUGUGCCUUAAUCAACAAAGAGAUUUUGAUCGGCUUAUAGGCCAAUGUGAUUUGUUGCGUAACAGAGGUAAACAGAUGCUGAACAUGAUCACCAACCCUGUCCUGAAGAUCCACCGCCCUCCUGCCUCUAAUUAAUUAGAUAGCAAUCAAAAGCUUGAUUAGCAGUUUGACUGGGGUUAAAGCAGAACUCUGCAGGACAGUAGAUCUCCAAGAACAGGAUUGGCGACCACUGUGAAUCGAAAAUUCAGCUAACUACCUCUUAUUGCGAUAUAAAAUGUCAGAUUUCGGGCUCAGGGGCUUGUGUUUAUUUGUGAAGAACAAAUCAUAUUUCAACUGAUAUCACUGAUAUGAAAUCCACGUGGGACUCUUUUGCAUAGAAAAUAAUCAACAAAAAUUUCAAUUGGCUGAAGCCUUUAUGUUUUGUCCGAGGGAGGGACAAAUCAUCGAAAUAUAAGAAUGUUCAUAAAUAUUCACCAAUUCUGCGUUUUAGAUUUAUAGAUAAUUUCUUAGACUAACUUUUAAUUAUUACAGUUCAACAACGCAUUUUAUAACAAAAAUAACUGAGUAUUAAGUUGUGUAUUAAUCUGUUCAAAAGGUAAUAGUAAAAAAUCUCUUUUUUUAAUUGCACUAUGCUGGUCAAAAUUCAUUUAACAGCCCCUGAUUGCUUUUUGUGAUUUUUAUGACAGCGGAAUUGCACUUUUGCUUGUAUUUAAUAUAUGUGUAACAUCAGUAUUUAAAGAUUAAAUCUUUGCAAAAUAACCAAAGAGAUGAUAAACGGUUUCAGUAUGAUUUCGUAAACGUGUGUUUAACUAUGGCCUAGUGUCACUGAAAUACGGGUAGGCCUUAAAACAUUCAUGAAACUGUAUUAAAUACAACACCGUGUGCAUUAAUGAGAUGUUUGCCUGAACAUUGAUAACUGCUGUUGAUGUUGUCAAAUGUUUAGAAAACAAAUAAAACGAUGUGAUGUUAGUAAUUGCAUAUUUUAUGUUAAGUAUACAAGUUUACAUUUGAGAUGUUACGUUUGAGUUGUCUGUAUUUUAUAUAUAAGCAGAAAUAGCUUCACAGCUGUCAAUAAAAAGUUUAUAUGCUUAGGCUUUCUUUCAAGCGAAAAGCGAAACUAAAUUAAUAUUACGUUUUACUGUAUGACCUUUGACUAUUUUAAUGCCUUUUACAUUUUUAAAUAAUUGAAAUGUAUAUAAAAUGUCUAUAAGAAGCAACUUAAAUGCAUGCAAAAUUAAAUGUACACA